AAUGAGGAUCUGGCUACAUAUUUGCACUACAAUGGAACCGGAACAACUCCUGAUUUACUCCUGGCUUCAAGCGACAUCAGCGAGCAAACACGCCGCGAAAAAAUUGACGAUCCUGGCUCUGGUCACAAACCAGUCAUUGCUAGUAUUACCAUUGGCAGCUAAAGCAUGCCAAGGAAGGUGCCAACUAAGCUAUCAUGGAACUUCAAGAAGGCUGACUGGCCUAGAUUCACAAAGCUCUUUAAAGAAUGAACUUCACAUAAGUCCCCUCAACUCCAACCAAUAUCCUGACAAACUUUUCAAUGAUAUCACGAAUAUUAUGGUCAGAUGUGCAAAGAAAACUGUUCCCCGAGGCAAGACUAAACACUAUCGAGUGUUUUGGUCGAACAACUUGAGGAACUGA